GGAACAUAGAACCGCAACAAGAACUGCCGACGUAUACAAUGGCAUCUCCAGUAUUUUCAUCAAUUACAAAGAAGUUCCUGAGUUUAGCGGAUUGUUUUAAAACUUUAAACAAAAUGAAAUCAGUUCUAGUUUUCGCUUUUUUUGCUGUUGUUGCCGUAGCUCAUGCAAAUGACGACGAAGCGCUUAAAGAGAAGCUCGGCCAGGUUACCAAGGAGUGCGCGGAGAAAACCAACUUCAGCGAAGAAGGAAUCAAGAAACUACACUCGAACGACUUAUCUCUGACAGAAAACAUCCAAUGCUUCCAGAAAUGUUUCUUCGAAAGUUCUGGCAUUAUCACAGACCAAGCAUUCGAUAAGGAAAGGAUAUUGGCAAUUGGACGUGUGUACAAGAAGGAUGAGGCUCAGACAAAAGAAAAUUUGGAGAAAUGUGGCGCCCUAUACAAGCCAGAUGCAUUUGACUGCGAUGCUGCGUGGGAAAUUUUCAAAUGUUUCCACUAAAAUGCUUUUUUAUCUCGAAAAUUUUACGAUGAAAACUGGUCUUA